ACUCAAGACUGCAUGGGCCAUAAUCCGAGUAGGCCCAAUGAAAGGCCCAAAAUGGUAAAGGACCCAUUUUCACACCGUAAAAUCCGUGGAGAAAAAGGACCCAAAGUUCCCCUAAUUUUCACAAACAACCGAAGUUUAACAAUGGCUUCAUCCAAAAAGUCAAGUACCGAAGCCAAGAGCAAAGAAGCGGGAACCUCAAAGCCAACUCCCAAAACCAAGACCCACAACAAUGCCAGAAAAUCCGACAAGGAUGAUUCGAACAAGAAGAAGAAGAAGAAGAAGAAGAUUAGCACUAUCAAUGGCUCCGUCAAGGACAACGAGGCGUUAGCUACUUCUCCUCCAGGCUCAGCCUCAGCCUCUGAGGAGGUCGAUGCCGAUGAAGACAGAGCCGAAACCACGAGUGGAAAACCUAACACCUCAAAAUCGAAGAAAGUUCAACGGAACCAUGUCAAGAAAGAAGAGAAUGGUUAUGCUGCCGAAGAAGAAGAAGAAGCCGAGGAGAAGAUUUAUAAAUUCCCUAUGCAUCGGAUCAAGAAAAUCAUGAGGGACGAAAAUUCUGAUUUGCGUAUCAAUCAGGAAGCUUUGUUUCUCGUCAACAAAGCUUCGGAGAUGUUUCUCGUUCAAUUUUGCAAAGAUGCAUAUGCGUGCUGUGCUCAGGAUCGCAAGAAGUCUCUUGCUUACAAGCAUCUAUCAUCAGUAGUUUGCAAAAGGAAGAGAUACGACUUUCUUUCAGAUUUUGUUCCAGAGAAAUUAAAAUUCGAAGACGCAUUAAAGGAAAGAAACAUGGCCGAAUCAGGGAAAGACUAGGCAUCUUCGUCUUUUAAUUUGAACACUCCUUUUUGUUCUGUGGAUGUGUAAUAUUAAGGUAUCUUGUCAUGUCAAUGGGUAUCCAAGGAAGUUGGACACAACAUACACUUUUUUUUUUUUUUUACCUCCGUACAGUUCUGUAAGUUUAUUAACGACAUCUCAAAUCUAACAUCCAUUCUAACAUCA